AUUCACACACAAAAUGGAGUGUUUAAUAACAUUGAUUUUUAUCACAGUAUUUAGUGUCGGUCAUUGCAUGGAUUGCACUGGACUUGCUAAAGGACAGUGUUGUGCAGGGAAAGUAUGGAACGAAGUUUCAGAAAAAUGUGAAGAUUGUUCUCCUGGUAGAUGGGGACUUAACUGUAUCAAUGCCUGUAGAGCCCCUUACUAUGGAAUGCAUUGUAUGAGUAUGUGUAACUGUUCUGAGAACGAGUGCGAUCCUGCCCUUGGUUGCCUAGCCAAUCAGAGUUCUACAACACAAGAUAUGCAUCUAUCUUCUAAAGAAAAUCAGGCUUUUAAUGAAAUCUCCACCAACCGAAUGUCAGCAACAAAGUCAGCAAAAGUAUUGCCACUAAAGAAUGAAAAUAAUACUUCACUCCAGGAUUCGGUCGCAGCGUUUGGGGUUAUCUUCUGCCUAGGACUUACUCUCUACAUUUUCAUGGCAAUCUAUGAAAAGUUCAUUAAUAUUCGCCGUGUUCAAAGAAUGGAAACUCAAAUCAGGGAAGGAAAUGUGCAUUAUGCAAAUGUAGAUGGUGUUUCGGUUCAUAUAUGAUAGAAACAUAGAAUGAAAAACAAUUCACUUUUUUGUGUGAAAAAAUUGUCUCUGAUAUAAUUGAAGCUGAUCUUGAUUGUAAAGAUACUGACGCAUAUAUUUAAGUUCUAUGUUAAAUAUAAUUUCAACCAUGGAUGACUUUUUUCAAUUGAUCAAAACAGAGACAUCACAGCAAAACUGCAUUUGAAUGAUCAAGAGGAAAUACGUACUCUCCCUGGACACCCCAUUCCACCUAUGGCGUUUUUUAAAAUGUGUCUUUGUUUUCACAUGUUUAAUUUAUGUUAUAAUUUAUUUUUGUUAUGAUUUUUUGUAGAAAAGAAAAAAACUGGCUACAAGACCAUU